AUGAAGAAAACAGCCACCGCCAAGAGGCAGCAACCGACUACCAAAUUGAUCGGAACCCUAAGAUCACUCUUACGUUCACUCUUCAACUCUUCUGACCCAUCGCGGCUGCCGGAUCUCCCGCUCGAAUUGGUGGCAGAGAUUCUAUGCAGACUUCCUGUCAAGCUCCUCCUACAACUUCGAUGCCUUAGUAAGUCCUUCAAUAACCUGAUUUCUGAUCCCAAUUUCGCUAAGAAACACCUUCGCUUAUCAACCACCAGCCGCAACCUCAUCUUAACCUACUUUGAUGAUACUAUUGAUAGGAAGCCAACACUAGUCUUUUACCGGCUUCACUCCAUUUUUCACCGAAGUCGCUCCAUUUUUAACUCUGUAACGGUUAAACCCACCCAACUACACUAUCUUUUUGACCCACUAUACAGUAUUAUCGUUGGCUCUUGCAAUGGAAUCCUAUGUUUGGAUAAGAAUGACUUCGAAAUGGUUGAACAAAGCGAUGUCAUUUUGUGGAACCCUUCUGUUGGAAAAUUCAAAAUAUUGCCUUCUUUUAAAAUUCAAGGAGAAUGUGGUUUAGUUAAAUAUGGCUUUGGCUACGAUCAUGUGAAGGAUGUUUACAAGAUCGUUGCUGUUUUUUCCUAUUAUUGUUGUAAUGAGGUUUUCAAAACUCAAGGCAUGGUUCAUACUUUGGGUACUAAUUCAUGGAGAACAAUUCAAUGGGAGUUACCUCUUCCAUGUUCUUGUGAAUCACUCAUAUAUGUGAGUGGCGCGCUUAAUUGGUUAUGUAAGGAUAAUCGUAAUCACAGCGUUGUUUUCUUUGAUUUGGUGAUUGAGUCGUAUAGAAGACUUUUGCUGCCUAAUUAUGGAGGGGAAUAUUUGGAUAAGGUGAAUUUGGGUGUUUCAAGGGGCUGUUUGUGUACAUUGCAUGUAGUCCCGGUUUUUCUAGUGUUUGGCUGA